GGCGAGACUAAUGCGCCGCCUUCAGACACAGCUACUUCGUCUUUUCCAGGCUCACCUUAGGUCCACCAGGAUGCAACACCAAGUGAGUGAGGCAAGGACUCCAGUGUGUUCAGUUGGGGACGAGGCAGCUCUUCAGCUAGCCCGUCAGUGCCUGCUGAGUGGACAGGUUAUUGGUUUGCCCACCGAUACCGUUUACGGCCUCGCCUGCGAUGCCAACAACGAGUCAGCCAUCCAACGGCUCUACGAGAUUAAGGGCCGGGAUGAGCACAAGCCCGUGGCCAUCUGCGUUCACAACACAGCUGCUCUGCGUCGCUUUGGUCAGGCUGCCCAUCUCAGCGACGAGCUGCUAACUCGUUUGCUCCCGGGCCCCCUGACCAUCGUGAUCGAGCGGACGCCCCAGCUGAGCAACAGGUUCCUUAAUCCCAGCACCUCCAAGAUCGGCAUUCGCAUUCCGGACUUCAAGUUCAUGCGCGACCUGUGCGCCGUGUGGCAGGAGCAGCCUUUGGCCCUGACCAGUGCCAAUCGCUCCAGUACACCAAGCAGCCUGCAAGUGUCCGAAUUUCGCUCCCUUUGGCCGCAAUUGGGGGCCGUCUUCGAUGCUGGACGAAUCGGACUAACCGAGGAGCGGCGACUGGCCUCCACGGUCAUAGACCUGGCCACUCCGGGCUACUUCGAGGUGGUGCGGGCAGGAGUGGCCCUCAAGCAAACCAUCAGUGUAAUGGAGGAGUUCGGAAUCCAAGAGCGAAAUAAGCUGUAGUAUAAGAGCUAUCCAAAUAAAUUAUAAAUGUCGCUUUAA